CUGUGCUCAAAACCCAGCGGUGAUUUUCGCAAGGAUAGAGGGCCAUCGACGCUGCCGCACGGACGAAGCAAAUGCCGCUGGCAGCUGUCCCUCCGACGCUCCGAGAGUGACGGAGGCUGGUUUCUUGCUAGAGUUUCGGCAGAUAACGGUGCUUUCCGGCGAAAUGGCGAUGAUCCGGGCAACUGUUUCUGGCGGGGGGUUGGUCGAGGGGUUCGGCAAGACCGUGCUGAACUCGGGAUGGGUGGCGGCGAGGUCUGCGGAGGUGAGCCGCUCCGGCGUGCAGCUCACCACCACCAGUCCUCCGUCAGCUGACGAGGCCCCAUGGAUGGAAGCCCUCGUCCCGGGCACUGUUUUAGGGACUCUACUGAAGAACAAGCUGGUCCCUGAUCCAUUUUAUGGGCUGGAGAAUGAGGCGAUCAUAGAUAUAGCAGAUUCUGGGAGGGAACACUAUACAUUCUGGUUCUUCACGACAUUUGACUGUUCAUUGACUGGAAAUCAGCAUGUAGAUUUGAACUUCCGUGGAGUUAAUUACUCUGCCGAGGUGUAUCUAAAUGGGCACAAGAAAGACCUAGAGAAGGGCAUGUUUCUCAGGCAUUCACUGGAUGUUACUGAUAUUGUGAACCUGCAAGGGAAAAAUAUGCUUGCUGUUCUUGUUUAUCCUCCUGAUAACCCAGGAAAAAUCCCUCUAGAAGGGGGCCAAGGUGGUGAUCAUGAGAUAGGCAAAGAUGUGGCUGCUCAAUAUGUUGAAGGAUGGGAUUGGAUGGCUCCAAUAAGGGAUAGGAAUACCGGCAUCUGGGAUGAAGUGUCUAUUUCUGUCACGGGGCCUGUUAAGAUACAUGAUCCUCACUUGGUUUCUUCAUUUUUUGAUGACUAUAAGAGGGUUUAUUUGCAUUCCACUGUUGAAUUUGAGAAUAGAAGUUCCUGGCCUGCUGAGUGCUCUUUAAGUAUUCAGGUAAGUACUAACCUGGAGGAAGGCAUCUGUUUGGUGGAGCAUCUUCAGGCACAGGUCCUGACAAUUCCUGCUUCCAAACAAGUUCAGUACACAUUCCCUCUGCUUUUCUUUUACAGACCCAACCUGUGGUGGCCAAACGGCAUGGGCAAACAAUCCCUCUACAAUGUUGAGAUCUUGGUUGAUGUAAAGGGACAUGGGGAGUCAGACACCUGGAAGCAUUAUUUUGGUUUUCGUAAGAUUGACAGUAGUAUAGAUCCCACAACUGGUGGAAGAUUAUUCAGGAUCAAUGGUCAACCAAUUUUUAUCCGGGGUGGUAACUGGAUAUUGUCUGAUGGAUUACUGCGGCUUUCAGAAAAGCGGUACCAGACAGACAUUAAAUUUCAUGCGGAUAUGAACUUCAAUAUGAUUCGUUGCUGGGGUGGUGGAAUAGCUGAGAGACCAGAAUUUUACCAUUAUUGUGAUGUGUAUGGUUUGCUGGUCUGGCAGGAAUUUUGGAUAACGGGUGAUUGCGAUGGAAGAGGUGUGCCUGUGUCAAAUCCGAACGGGCCAUUGGAUCAUGAUCUGUUCCUGAAGUCAGCAAGAGACACUGUCAAGCUCCUUAGAAAUCAUGCAAGUCUGGCUCUGUGGGUUGGUGGGAAUGAACAAAUUCCUCCAAAUGAUAUUAACACUGCUUUAAAAAAUGACUUGAAGCUUCACCCGCUUUUCCAGAGUACAAAUGAAAAACUUAAGUCAGUUGAGAAUUUCGGAAGUUCCUCAAGUGAUCCAAGUCAAUAUCUUGAUGGUACCCGGCAAUAUGUCCCAGGAUCACUCUGGGAUGGAUUUGCAAAUGGAAAAGGAGACUUCACAGAUGGUCCUUAUGAAAUCCAGGAUCCUUCAAACUUCUUUAGGGAUGACUUCUAUAAAUAUGGUUUCAAUCCCGAAGUAGGAUCUGUUGGGAUGCCUGUUGCAGCAACCAUUAGAGCAACCAUGCCUCCAGAAGCUUGGAAGAUCCCAUUGUUUAUUAAGGUAGAUGGUGGUUUUAUUGAAGAGGUGCCAAACCCUAUCUGGAAGUACCACAAAUACAUACCCUAUUCAAAGCCGGGGAAGGUCCAUGAUCAGAUUGAACUCUAUGGCACUCCAAAGGACCUUGAUGACUUCUGUGAGAAGGCACAACUUGUAAACUAUGUUCAAUACAGAGCUCUGCUAGAAGGAUGGACCUCACGAAUGUGGACAAAGUAUACGGGAGUGCUUAUUUGGAAAACUCAGAAUCCGUGGACUGGUCUCAGGGGCCAGUUUUAUGACCAUCUCCUGGACCAAACUGCUGGCUUUUAUGGCUGUCGUUCUGCUGCUGAGCCAAUUCAUGUGCAGCUUAAUCUGGAUACCUAUUUCGUAGAGGUAGUGAAUACCACAUCAACCGAAAUCACUAACCUGGCGAUAGAAGUAUCGGUUUGGGAUUUAGAAGCAACAUGUCCUUAUUAUAAAGUUAUAAAUGAUAUUUCUUUAUCACCAAAAAGAACAAUUAAAAUAGCUGAAAUGAAAUACCCCAAGACUAAAAAUGCCAAACCCGUGUACUUCCUUCUGCUCAAACUUUUCAGACAAUCCGACAAAAGCAUUCUUUCCAGGAACUUCUACUGGCUGCAUCAACAGGGAGGUGAUUGCCGGCUGCUGGAAGCCUACCGCACAAAAAAAGUACCUCUGCAGAUAAAGUCGCAGGUUACCAUUAUGGGCACCAAUUAUAAGGUUCAGAUGCACAUCCAGAAUCUUUCUGAAAAGCGAGACUCGAGGAUUCUAAGCAAUGAAAAUCCAAUUGGUGACCGUGUCCGUGAUUACCUUCAGAAUUAUGAUAAUGACUUUGACACUAGAUCCACGGAUGCACUGGAAGAGCAUACUGACGUCCUUGAAAAAUCUAAGAGUUUGUUGAGCAGGAUGUUCGGGGGCUUCUCUAAGAUGGACAACGACUGGAAAGUGAUCCAAACUGGUGGCAAUGAUUCAGGUGUUGCAUUUUUUUUACAUUUGUCCGUUCAUGCAUCAAGGGAGAGUUCCGAACCCGGAGGUGACACUAGAAUUCUGCCCGUCCACUACUCAGAUAACUACUUUUCACUUGUGCCGGGCGAGACGAUGUCCAUUAACCUUUCCUUUGGGGUACAACCAGGGGUUGCUCCUCGAAUUACACUUCAGGGAUGGAAUCAUCAUUACAGGCACAGUAUUUCCAUUGGGACUAUUUCUUCCUAAAGGGAUUUGAUUUCUUCAUUAUACUUGCCGACCAGUGGACGCUAUUAUAGUCCCCAAGUCAAAAUACUUCCCUCCCUUCAGAGUGAACUGGUUGGGAAUCAAGGAGAUGCCUUGUGAUGGAUCCUUAUUCCAGUUUGUGGAAACGCAAGCUCUUCAUAUCUGGGUGUUUUUAAUAUUUAAAUAAGAUAGUAAGGAUUAGUGUUUUUAAAGUGUUUUAUGAUAAUAAAAUUUAGUUUUUUUUUUCCCA